ACCUUAUCUUCUUCACACACCAUUACACAAAAACCAUAAUUCUCUCUUUCAAUGUCAAAACCCCAAAUUUUUCAACACAAGAACCACCCAAAGUUAAACUGGAAGGAAAUUCCUGGACUCCAACCUUUACCAUGUGACUCUAAUGACCUCCUUCAAUGGCCUAAACAUGGUGGCGGUGGCGGUGGCCGUCGACGUUCACGUGGCAGCGGUGGUGGUGGUUUUGCUAGCGUCUCAAUGAUGGAGAAGACGUUAGAGUUCGAACCUACCGCUGCACAGCUCUUUAAACACCCCCUGGCUAUCGUCGCUUUGGUGCCUAAAGACGCCGCCGUGUUUGCCGCCGGUGCUGUCUCCGGUGCUGCUGCGAAAACAGUCACUGCGCCUCUUGACCGGAUUAAACUCAUAAUGCAGACUCAUGGUCUAAGAGUUGGGCAAGAAAGUGCAAAGAAAGCAAUUGGAUUUAUACAGGCUUUUGUAGCUGUAGGGAAGCAAGAAGGCAUUAAAGGGUAUUGGAAGGGUAACUUUGCUCAGGUAGCACGGGUCCUUCCUUAUAGUGCAGUCCAACUAUUCGCGUAUGACACAUACAAGAAAUUAUUCCGAGGAACAGAUGGUGAACUUUCUAUUAUUGGAAGAUUAGCUGCAGGUGCUUGUGCUGGAAUGACUUCAACUUUAGUGACAUAUCCAUUAGAUGUCCUCAGAUUACGAUUAGCCGUUGAUCCCGGAUAUCAAACUAUGACAGAUGUUUUUGUAAAGAUGCUAAAAGAGGAAGGAGUUGGAUCGUUCUAUCGGGGUCUUGGACCUUCCCUUAUCGGAAUAGCACCAUACGUUGCGGUCAACUUUUGCGUCUUUGACUUGGUAAAAAAGUCUUUGCCGGAGAAGUUUCGAAACAAAGCUGAAGCAUCGAUAAUGACGGCUUUCAUGGCAGCUACCAUUGCGACACUUACAUGCUACCCAUUGGAUACUAUUAGAAGACAAAUGCAAAUGAGGGGUACACCUUACAAGAAUAUAUUAGAUGCGUGUUCAGGAAUUAUCGCUCGUGAUGGUGUAGUUGGAUUAUACCGGGGUUUUGUUCCCAAUGCUUUGAAAACUUUACCAAACAGCAGCAUUAAGCUCACUACAUUUGAUGCAAUGAAGCGCGUGAUCUCAGCAAGUGAGAAGGAAUUUCAAAGAAUCUUGGAUGAGAACCGCAACGAACAAAAACAAAGCACCAAUGAUUCCACAUUCUAGAUUUGUUUAUUUGAUUUUUUUGAGGUAUUUGUUAAUUGAUUAUCACGGAAUUUAUUGAUUAGUUUUUGCUUAUCAACAAUUAUCAUAUGAUUUUGUUGAGAUUGGUUCAUGUCCACAACCUUCCUCAAUUUUGUAUUAU